AAACUUUACCGAGAGCGAGCCCCCUUCUAAAACCCCGUCAAAAACUCCAAGCCCCAAUCUGCGCUUUUGGUUUACUUUAGGGUUCCAAAAAUCCCAAAACACUCUCAGCAGCAGCUCCAGCUGAAUCCAUCUCUGCAGCAGCAGCCAUGGCGAGCACUAAAGUUCAGAGGAUUAUGACCCAGCCCAUCAAUCUGAUUUUCAGGUUUCUCCAAAGCAAAGCGCGCAUUCAGAUAUGGCUUUUCGAGCAGAAAGAUUUGAGGAUUGAAGGCAGGAUUAUCGGGUUUGAUGAGUACAUGAAUUUAGUCCUGGAUGAUGCUGAAGAAGUCAGUAUCAAGAAGAAAAGCAGGAAAUCACUUGGGAGGAUUUUGCUAAAAGGAGACAACAUUACAUUAAUGAUGAACACGGGCAAAUGAUAACCUUUGGUGAAUUCUAUAUUGUCACCAUAGAUGUUUUAGCUCUACAGACAAUUGUAGUCCUCUGUCAACUUAUCGGUUUGUCAUUCAGAUUUUAUUGUGCAUGAGGUAGAAACUUGAAUUGUUUCAUUAUUAUGGCCUUGUAAUUUAAACACAAUGAUGCACUUUCUCCACCCUCCCGUUUACUUUCUGUCGGACAUGUUUGUGCACACCACCCUCUACUUGCUAUUAAAAUUUGAAAGGUAUGAUGGAUUUGGAAA